UGAUGUAAACACCGUAAGUUUUCAUGACGUAGAACACAAGCAGUGUCACAUCUGGGUAAAAAAAAAAGAUUCUGGGCCUACUGUUGUAUUAAAUUUAUUUUUAUUAAUCUUCUUAAAAUGUCGGCAACACCUACUGAUGAUGCUCUUUAUGGUUCUGAUAAAGCUCCAGAAAAAUCUUUUCUUGAUGAUAUUCUGAGCUUUAUUGAUUCUUCACCGUCCACUGAGCUGGCAGACUCAGCAUCAGGAGUGGGAAGCCCCCUGGAUGAAAGUCCAGAGGAGCGAGAAGGGCGUCUAGCAGCUCUUAAAGAAGAACUUGAAAAGGUCGAGUCAGAGAUCAACAUGUUGCGUGGGGUGUUGGGCAGCAAGAUUCGACAUGCUACCGAGCUCAAGAGGCAACUGGGCAUCACACCAUUCCAAGAGUUCAAACAGGACCUGCAGCUUGGCAUUCAACAAAUCAAGAGCUCAGAUUCAUAUCAAAAGACUAACGAUACAUUGCAUCAGUUCAAUGAAAAGAUUUCGCAGACACAGGCCUACCAGAAGACGUCUGCAGUAGUGAAAACUGCCAGUGAGAAAACUACUAGCGCUAUCAAUUCCAUGGGUCAAGCAGUGGCCAGAAAACUGAGUAAUGUCAAAAACUCUCAGACAUUCAAGUCCUUUGAUGAAAAGGUUCAUACAACAUAUGCCACAGUCAAGUCGUCACGUUCCAUCGAGGGAUUAAGGGAACGUUUGGCUAAAGUCACUGGCAGCCGUUCCUCUAGUGAAAUUGAUGAGGCUUUCCGUGAUGCUCAUUCGAAUGAUGAUGACUUGUUAUCUACCCCUGAGAGUGCAGAGGACGCAUCGAACAUUAAACUUCCAGAAGAGAAAGUUCCUCUCUAAGACAAAGGCACACGUCAUGACUUUGUGCUCUGGAUUGUAAAGCUCUUCUACUUCCGCAUUCAAAUUUAUUUCUUUAUGUGCAUUUAAUCUGAAGGUUCAAAUUUUUGUUUCCUUUUAUGUGCCCUGUUAAACGAAUGAGGGACUAGCUCAUACAAGUUAUAAUCUGGGUUUUGGUGGGCCUUGAAAAAUAUGGUUUUGUAAAUUGCAAAUGAAAAAUGGUGUCCUUUUUGUUUGUGUUGUAUAGAAAGUUACACUGAUUUCUUUUUUUUUUCCUUACACCAUUACGAAGAAGCUGAUUUCUUUUCAUCGUCAUGUGUUCUUGUAUAGUAGAGAAAUAAAAAUAAGAAGCUUUCAACUGCUUUUUAAUCUAUGACAUUUGUUUUCUUGAUGUAGUAAAUUAUGUAAAUCACUUAUUAAUAUAUUCAUUACCAUUGAUGGCCGAUAAGCAUUGAACCAUGUCCAUUUCUUUUUUUCAUUUUGCUUUUGCACCAGUUGUAAUCAUAGUGAAAAAUUGUAUGUGUUCAGUUGGACUAUUUGUUGCUAAAAUUAAGUUUAGCCUCCCAUUCAUAGCAGAAUUAAAUGUGUGACUCAAUGUGAUAAGUACUUCAAGGAUUUUAAUUCUAAUUUGUAAGAAUAGGCAUCUGAUUAGGUUAAUUUCAAAAUCAUGUGUUUCUGUCAGUUACAUAUUUACAGUUUUGAUUCAUUUUAAACAGAGGAAAUUUGAGAACAAAAUAUAAAUGUAUUAUGACUAACAGAUUAUAUGCUACAUUGGAAUUCUGAACUAGUUUAUUAUCUUAUUUAAUCACCCGAAUCUUCCCCUAAUUUUUUUUUUGGCUCUUUAAAAUCGUGUCAAACUAACUUGAGUAACUUUUUAUCAAGAAUUGAGUCAGUUGAACACAUUGAAGGACCAUUAAUUUGAAUCUGAAAGCUUAUUGGUAUAUUGUCUGUAAAUAUUCUCCCUUGAAAAUUAUUCCAAAAACAAACUAAAAACUUUAUCAAUUUUAUUGUACAGUCAGUUCACUCAUUGGCUAUAAGCACAACUGGUGGAGUAUGCCUGUUGAGAUUUACUGUACAGACCAACUCUGCAUAAAGCAAGUCUUUCAUUGAAGAUUGUUGGUCAAGUUAUUGUAUCUGAUGCUUUUUGUUAGAUAACUCUUAGAACUAUUCUCAUUCCUUUUUUUUAAAUACUAGACAUUGAACAUAUGUGAAAAUAAAAAAAUUUUUUUAGCAAUGCAAAGUUUAAAUAUGAAUUCCUUUUACUGACUAAAUAAUUGUACUAAAAUAUCAAUUAAUAUUUUAUGUAAUCUUGUUUGCCAGUGUUAUCAAAGAAAUCUAGACAUUAAGUUAUCCUGGAUUUUUUUUUUUACUUUGAAAUUAUAAAGUUGUUUAUUUUGUAAAAUGUUUUACAUGUUUUAGAUAGUCCUUCAGCAUUGAAGAUAAUCAACAUCCUCCCCCGAAUCUCCCACAGGACACUGGGGGAUGGCAGGGUGUGAUUCUGGGGCGUUCAAGACCACUGAACGACAUUCCAGCGCACAUACUGCACAUCCAGAUUAGUUCAGAUAAUAGUGAUGACAGAAUAUAUUUCAAUUUAGAAAAAUAUUUGUGAACGCUAUACACUUAGUGUUAAUGGAUAACUUUCCAACUUAUGAAAAGCAGUUUUUUUAUUAUCUUAUGCUUGAAGCUGUUCAACUCAUGUUUUGGUUGUUUUCUAGACUUGCCAUUUUAUAUAUUUUCUUGAUUGAGUUUUACUUUUGAUUGCAUAUACUAAAUAUGGACAAUAGUUUAAAUCAAAUAUAAUUAUUUGUUUUUUGUGCCAUUAUUAUAUUUUUGAAUUCCACUAACUAGAUGGUGUUUUUAAAUGACUUUAAUAAAUAAGAUGAGAAAAAAAAUGGUUGCAAUAUUUAUUCUAGUUUUAACUUGUAAUUUAUUUCAUGGUAAUAUUCACUUGAGAUGUAACCAGAAUUGUUAAGAUUAUGUUAGGUUUUCAAUCUGUGUGGUCAGUCAGUAAAAACUAGACAUCUACCCAUGUCAAGCAUUUUGUUAGUGACCAAUAAAAAACCAUUAGAUCUUUUUUUUUAAAUGAUACUGAUAUGAUUCAAUAGUAUUUCAGAUAUUCAGAGUUCAAGCAUUUAUAAGAAAUAUCUGUGUUAAGGAAUGUGUAAUAGAUUGUUAUAUUUUCAUAUAUUUUUUUUGUUUGAGUUCAAUUUUGUCUAGAUUGAAAAGACAAAAAUCUAUCUGUGAAAUCUGACAAGUGAAUUGACAUUGUGUUAUCAAGUCAUUAUUUAUUUCAUUGUUUUUCUAUUGCAUGCUUUGGCAAAUGACUUAGAAAAUAUAGUCUUCAAAGUAUUUUGUUUCAUAUGGUGUGUAUGGCUUAUGGGCCUGUACAGUGUGGCAGGUCGACUAUGUACAGUUAUUAAAUCAUUCCAGCUUCAUUCAGAUUUUUUUGUUUUUUCAAAGGUUCCUAUUGGUAGCCCCACUGCUCAUAGGUGCAACCCUAAAACUUUUUGUAUGCUAUAAUUAUGACAAAACUGUCUUUGAACAUUGUACACAAUGAAUUCAGCUAUGUUUUGAUUCUGUUCUGUUUGCUAAGUUGAUCAGUUGUAACCAAACUCUAAGCCAGCAGUGCUGUGUUCAGUCAUUGUGUUGCAAUUAGUUGUUUGAAAUGAAGAACAAGAUUAAUGAAAAGGUUUAGACAAAGGAAAUGUCACAUUUUUUUAAAAUACAUUUUUAAUGUGUUUUUCAUAAUUCCAAGUUUUUAUAUACUCCUUCAUUGUUAAUGAUGAGCACUCAAUCUAUAAACUCAAAGUUGGCUGUAGGGUCUAUAAUCGCUUCCAUAACCAGUUACACUCAGUGCAGUAAUUACUGGACUAAGUUUUUGGAUCUUUUGUCUGUGCUGUCACCUCUCUAUCAUAAUUAUAAACACAAUUUGUAGACCUAAUGUUUCAUAAGGGAUAGAAUGUUUUUUUUUUUUUUAUAAAAUAAUUUUAAUAUGAUAUUAACUUCAAACUAGAAUAAAAAUUGUCUACGUACAGCUUAAAAAAAAAGUGUCAUUGUGCUUGCAGAUAAAAAAGUUAAUCGUUAUUUGUUGAUUUAAAUAUUUGAUAGCAUCAAUUCUUGCCAAAAGUUUAUUUGAGCUUAUGUUUCAUUUUUAAUAUUUUAAAAAAAGAACUGCACAAAUAAUUAAAUAGGAACUUUUCAGUAUAUUCAGGAUAGUUAUAAGUAUAGGUUGUAAUUUUUCUUUCUUUUUUUAUUGGGCUCACAUAAUAAUUUAAAGUUCCAUCAUAUUUUCAAUGAUAAUUCAAAAAAUAGAAAAUAGCAUUAUAUAACAUCUGGCCAAACAUGGUCUGCAGUAGUCAAAACAUUUAAAUAAUAAAUAUGCUUCUCAUUUGUUUGUCCACUUGGCCUUUGAAUAGCCACCAAAAGAUUUUUUCUUGCAAUUUCUGCAACCCAACACUGCAACUUGUUUUGGUGUCCAUUUCUUUCCAACAUUUGAUGUCACUGGUUCUAUCAAGUCAAGAAAUGUUUGGUUUUAGUUUCAUUUUCGUUAUUUAUAUUUCAGUGUUUUGUUUUCUUCAAUAAUUAUAUUUAUAUGUAUAUAGUCCUAAGCUAAUAAAUAUUCCAUUUGCAUUUUUA